AUGGUCAUCAAGCGAUUUCGCCCUUCUCUGUACCUGUCCAUUUUGAUGUUCUGCUGGGGCAUUAUCAAUAUGUGCAUGGAAUUUGUCCGCUCGUACAGUUCGCUUAUUGGUCUCCGAUUCCUCCUCGGUAUCUUCGAGGCUGGCGUUCUUCCUGGCAUCAUCUAUGUCACAUCCACGUAUUACAAGCGACACGAGUACCAAACGCGCAUGUCCUUCUUCUUUUGCAGCACCGUCGGCGCUGGUGCAUUUGGUGGACUCCUGGCCUAUGCGAUUUCCAAGCUUGGGGGUCAACAUGGCUUUGCUGCUUGGCGCUGGAUUUUCAUCAUCGAAGGCGCGAUAACAUGGACAAUUGCCAUUAUGGCCGCAUUUGUUAUAAUUGACUGGCCGGAGCAGACCAAGUAUCUCAACGCGGAGGAGAAGGAGCUGCUCCGCCGCCGACUUGCGGCUGAUGUCGAUGAGUCGUGCCGGAUGGACGUUCUCAACAAGGCUUCCCUCCAAAAUCUGGCUCGGAGCUUGGUUUAUCUGGGGGUCGGUGUUCCCGGUCUGUCGGGAACCUUCUUCCUCCCUACGAUUCUCCUCGAGUUCAACUGGAAAGCUCAGGAGGCGCAAGUCCGGACUAUCCCCGUUUAUGUACUUGCAGGCGGCACGAUGCUCAUCGGUGCCUGGGCUUCGGACAAGCUGAGACAUCGCUUCAGCUUCUUCGUCGCUGGAACUAGCAUGGUCACCAUUGGCUACGGAAUGCUGCUCAGAGGGCAAGUCUCGGGACUACAAAUUUGGCGCCGUCUUCUUGGUCUUUGCAACAUUUUUCUCGUCAAUGAAGCACCCACUUAUGUCACUGGCUACAGCGUUUCGCUUGCCAUGAUGUGGCUAGGGAUGAUCUCUGCAGCAAUACUCUUCCUGCUCAUGUGGAGAGAGAACAAAAAGCGCGAUGCCGGUGAGCGGGAUUAUAGACUGAGCUUGCCGGAUGAUGUGAAGAACAACUUGGGUGACGACUAUCCCACAUUUCGAUUUACCCUUUGA